AUGCCAAGCGUACUCUCAAAAGCUGCGUCGCGCAAAGCCUCACAAUCGAGGAACCCGGGAAAUCCUCUACACCCUGUAAGUCCCGAGGAAUUAGAAUCCUGGAGCGAUGGCGGGGACAGUGAAUCUACGCUCAAUGAGACCUUACCGGAUGAUCUUGAUGAGCCAUGGCCUUAUACCUUUCAUAAAGGCCAAGCAGUCUGGGUACGGACAUCUGGUGGUAAUUGGCACUCCGGCAGAGUGUCCAGUGAGACUACACGAAAGGGAAAUACACGAAAGAAAGAGGGAUUGUUUUACCCUGUCAAAUUCGACGGAAACCUCCGCAAAUACUUUGCGCCUCAAAAUGGGGAGAUAAAGCCUGAUACACCACAUAUAAGGGGUUUACUGAAGAAAGGUGGUUGGCUAUAA